AUGUCGUAUGUGCCUCCACACCUCAGAAACUCCAGCUCAACCACCACCACUACCACCACCACCUCCGCCGCCGCCAAAUCCUCAUCCGCAACCGACGCUGAUCGCAGCAAGCUCUCCUACUCCGCCUCCUCCAACUCUCACUCGUCCGCUGCUCCAUUCUCCUCGUUCUCCCACUCCAAUGGCUCUCGCUGGAGCUCCGCUGCUCACUCCUCGGCCAACCGAGCUAUCUCACCGCCCGACGCCGUCGUCCCGCAGUGGAAGCCGUCGGAGCGCGUCCUCCGAAUGAAGCCGGAGCUGAUUGAGGAGGUGUGUUUGCGGCUUAAUUUGGAUGUGUCUGUUAGUUCGGACUCUGCUCCUCCCCCGGCACCGAUUGAGUCUUUUACAGAUAUGUGUUUGCACCCUAGCAUUAUGAAGGAUAUAGCGUUUCAUGGAUACACUAUGCCGACGCCAAUUCAGGCUCAAGCCAUGCCGAUUGCUCUCAGUGGAAGGGAUUUAUUAGGUUGUGCCGAAACUGGUAGUGGUAAAACUGCUGCGUUCGCAAUUCCUAUGAUACAGCAUUGUUUGGCUCAAGCUCCUGUUCAGCGUGGUGAUGGACCACUAGCAUUGGUACUGGCCCCAACUAGAGAGCUUGCACAACAAAUAGAGGAAGAGGUCAAGGCUUUUAGUAAAUCUCUCGAAUCCUUCAAAACUGCAAUAGUUGUGGGUGGAACCAACAUAGCUGAGCAGAGAUCUGAGCUGCGAGCAGGAGUACAUAUAGUGGUUGCUACUCCUGGAAGGUUCAUAGAUCAUUUACAGCAAGGGAAUACUUCUGUAUCUAGGAUUUCAUUUGUUGUUCUGGAUGAAGCUGAUAGAAUGCUUGACAUGGGUUUUGAACCACAGAUAAGAGAGGUGAUGCGGAACCUAUCUGAAAAGCAUCAAACUUUGCUGUUUAGUGCAACUAUGCCUGAAGAGAUUGCAGGGUUAGCCCAGGAAUAUUUGAAUAAUCCAGUGCAAGUGAAGGUGGGAAAAGUGAGUACCCCUACAGCAAAUGUAACACAGAGUUUGGAGAAGGUUCCUGACAGUGAGAAGACUGAUCGGCUUCUGGGUUUGCUCGUUGAGGAGUCAUCCCGAGCUGAAAGGGCUGGACAUCCCUUUCCCUUAACUAUUGUAUUUGUUGAAAGGAAGACACGCUGUGAUGAUGUUGCUGAAGCUUUGGUAGCACAAGGUUUGCAUGCAGUUGCUCUUCAUGGUGGACGUACUCAAACCGAAAGAGAGGCUGCUCUGCGUGAAUUUAGAAAAGGCACUACCAACAUUUUGGUUGCCACCGAUGUUGCCUCUCGUGGUUUGGACGUCUCAGGAGUUGCUCAUGUUAUCAAUUUGGAUCUUCCAAAGAGCAUGGAAGAUUAUGUACACCGGAUUGGAAGGACUGGAAGAGCGGGAUCAAUGGGACAAGCUACAUCCUUCUACACUGAUCGUGAUAUGUUCCUUGUGGCGAAUAUAAAGAAAGCAAUAGCUGAUGUGGGAUCUGGGAAUGCUCUGUCUUUUGCUACGGGAAAGAGUGCAAGAAGGAAAGAAAGAGAAGCAGCUGCUGCUCACAACCAAGCUAGGGUUUCUCUGUCCAAGUCUUCAAGUAUGGGGCCCACAUCAAUAAACAUUGCCGACAAGUAUAAGUUCAUGGUUUCUGACCCGGACAAUCAAAAAGAGGGUGCAGCAGAUGAUGCUUGGGACGACUAAUGAAGUCCACCUUCGGUGCAAUCAACAUUGAUGCUUGGUGCCCCAAGGUUUUGAGGCAUUUGCUUCUAAUUGGUGCUCGGACUGCAAGUUGAAGACGAUAGUUCCUUGUAAGUUGGCUUCCUGGAGCUGUUGCUUUACAUCAUUGAUGUACCUAGUACCUGUACCAAGGACUAACGUAGUUGAUACUUCUAGAGAUUGUAGGGUUGGCUUGUAGGAGUUCUGCAUUGUAAAUCUCUAAAAAUGGAUGUUUACUUGGGAUGGUUUGUUAGUGCAAAGAAACACUUGGCCCGAUAAUGGGUUCACUAAAGGCAUAUGAUUUCACAGUUUCUCACCACUAUCCUGUACCUCGUUUGUAUCGCUUUCGCUAUGCGCUUUACAUGAGUUGAAUCUGAGGUGAUUCGUAAUCUGUAAUUAUGAGGGACUUUACACCAUUU